AUGGCUGUACCUGUAGCCAUGGAGAAAACCAACACUGAGAAAGAAGAACAUGAUAAUAAACCCUACAUUCUGCAAUUGCCAGACCACAUAACAGUGCAUAUCUUCUGCAAAGUCCCAAUCAAAACCCUCAUCCAAUGUCAGUGUGUGUGCAAGUCUUGGCGCCAUUCGCUCUCAGACCCCCACUUUACCAAAGACCUAUUUUCACGAACACCCCCUUCCUUUUUGUUCCAUGGUUUAAGCGGUGGCCCCAUAAACCCCAAAUCAGAGGGCUACUUAUUGGUUGACCUCAAUAAGAUCUCAAGCCCCAACGAUUUCACACUCAAGCUGUAUAAAGAUCCUAAUGUCCAGAACCUUCGUGUGGGAAUUUUGGGUUCUUGCAAUGGUUUGCUCUGCAUAUAUGAAUUGAACCGCCGCUGUUUUUACAUAUCCAAUCCCAUAACUAGUGAGUCUUUAGCUCUUCCAACACUAACAUUGUCUCCCCUUACUAUCACCUAUUGUGAGCGUGAGAGAAUUGAUAAUCCAUAUUAUUGUGGAUUUGGGUAUAGUCCCAUCAACAAUGCCUAUAAAGUUGUUCUGUAUCUGUCUUCAAGCGGUAAAUCUCAUGAAUAUGAAGUUUUGGUUUUGACUGUUGGGUCGAGGAUUUGGAGAAGCAUUGGGAAUGUUUCUGUGUUCCCUUCCUCUCGGUUUCAACCGUAUGGGGUUUAUGUUAAUGGAUUUCUUCAUUGGGUUGGUCAGUAUGGGAAUAGUUCUACUUUGAUAUGUGCCUUUGAUGUUGAAAGCGAGUGUUUCCAGCAGUUGUCACUACCGCCUUAUGAUUUGGAUGUACAGCUACCGGUUAAUUGUUUAGAUUUCCUAGACACUCAAUUUACCCUUGGAGUCUUGAAUGGUUCCCUCUCUGUAACUGUUCGAUCUCGCUCAAGAAGUAAUAUCACUGUUUGGCUGAUGAAGGAUUAUGGCAUUCAUGAGUCUUGGACCAAAGAGCUUGAAAUUAGCAGCGACAUACUUGGUUCUCCAUCUUUUUCUCGAGUAUUGAAGUUUACAGAGGACGGGCAAGUCUUGCUUUUAAAUGGGUCUCACUUGCAGGCUUAUACUCCUGGAACAAGGAGUGUUGUGACCAUUGAGGUUGAUGGAAUACCAUCUUUGGUUGAUGAAUGCGUCCAUAUUCCAAGCUUUGUUUCACUCAGAGGUGUCAUCACCGGUUAG